CAUCUCCUUGCGAAAGGAAUGACGGUUGGACCGAGGUCCACUCGGCUGACAUGCCGCCGGAAUGUUGUUUUUGCCGCGGUUUAGUGUGAAGUGACUCGUUUUCUCCAUCCCUCGACGGCCUCAACUUCAUCGUCCCUUUAUCAACCUCCCUACUCCCUUCCAGCCGCGUCUCACGCCAAUCAGAGACUGUCUUUAUCCUGGUGGUGGAGAUGCCGUACCAGGUUACUGUGAAGACUGCGCCGGUUCACAACCUUGUCCGAUCCGUCCCUCCUCGAGCGCGAUACCACCUCCACGAGCACCGAUGAUGUUCUACCGAGCCCGACGACGCUUCUUGGCCGGCUCCUCUACCCUCGUUUCUCCCUCAUCCUCCUCGCGCUCUUUUCGCUUCCUAUGAUCCGGGGUACCAAAAUCAUUGUUGAGGCCUUGCAUAUCCAGUAGAUCGUGGACUGCGUAUGGAGAUCCACUGAUGUGCUGCGGAUCCGCUGGCCCUUCUUGAAGAAGAACGGAUAAUGUGUCCUUGGUUUCAAAUUCGACCCUUUUACGAAAGGUUCCUUGGUGGUCGAUGAACGACCGAUCGCCGACCGACCCGGGAAGCCCAUGGCCGUUCACGAUAAAUCGCGCCGCCCGUUUAGACAACUGUUCCAGCAGCACCUCGAGCUCGGGACUAUUUCGAGGCAAACGACAGAAGAUAUGGCCCGAUCCAGAAUACUUCCCCUUAAUCUUCUUCGGCUUUAAGUCGAGUUCAAAGUAGAAACGCGUCGCAACGAGGCAACGCGCGACGACAUCGACAUCCUCCGACCGACAGAACUGUUCCCGAGCUUUUGUUGCCAGCUCGUGCAUCCUGCCUGUAUCAUCCAAGUCGACCUCUCUGUCCAGUUCAACGUCGAAUCGGAAGUACCGCCCAUCUAACUCUGCCCGUCGUCCAUUCUUGAACGCUUGGGCGAUUUUUUUACCGUUGAUUAAUUCCAUGAAGGCUCUGUACGAUCGUGGCAGGAAGCCCUCUCUCCAGAUCGCACGCAGUCUGCUGGAGUGGGACGUUGGUAUGCGUGGUCCUGAGGACCCGGUGCCGAGGGAGACGACCACAUUGGGCCUGCGAGUCGGGGGCCACACCACGGGGAUUUCCCACAGAGGGAGGUCGACGGGAUUGUUCCUCCACAGAGCUCCGUCUUGAAAGGUUCCUACCCCCGGAAUGCGCUUUGCUGGAAAGUACCUCGUGGCCGUGUGAGCUGCUCAGAACUUUGAGAGGGUUGGACAGCAACAUACCACGGUGCCGCAGAUCCGCUCAUUGCGCUUGCAUGCAAUUUCAGUCAUCUUUGCAUACUCCAACGAAGGAAAUAGCAAAUGCACACUUACAUCUCCCACAAACGAAUCCUUUUCCGCCCAUCUUGCGACCGGAUAAUGCGAUAUCCUGCCCAUCCGUCAGAAAUCGCUCUCACGUUGCCAGUUCGGGUUUUAAAGUACCACAGUCCUGCGGCCUCGGUCCCGCUCCAUUAUAGUUGGUGAAGAGGCAAGGGUCUGUUCCCAGAACUGUGGUCACCGGUAUUCCCACUUUCGCCCCGAUAGCGGUUGCAUACGAGUAAUCCAGGAUGCUCAUGUCGUUGCCGAAAACUCCCUUCAGCGCACCUUCCAAAUUAUGAGCUGGGUACAGACCGUCGGCCCAAUACGACACAAGAAACCAGAGAAUAUGCGACAGGAUCGGAAUGCGGGAGACGAUGGGUAUGUGAGAAAUCCAACGGGGCUUGAAUGCCCUUCUUGCGAAAGAUUCGAACACAUUUGCGCAAUCAUCGACUGGCCAUCCAUUGAUGAACAAGGCCAGGAUGAUAAGCCCCCCUAACAAGCUUCAGCGUUGGUCAUUCAUCGAAUCAAGCAUACUUACCGGAACUGGUGCCGAAUCCAACGUCGAAGUAAUCCUGAACGGGGAUCUGUAGGCCGAUCCUGUCCUGCAGUAUUUGUAAAAAUGGUAGUGGUAUAGCUCCCUUGAUACCACCUCCGUCGAUGGUUAAUACGUUGACCCCGGCGGUAUCGGGCUUUAUUUUUACCGUCACGUCUCGAAGCGCCAUGUCGCAGAGGAAACAGCGCCGAAUGCUGAACGCCCACCGAUCAUUCUUAUCCGGCGUCCCGAAAAUUCGUACACAAUUUUCGCAGACCCCGUGUCCGCACGGCAGAUUAGUUUCCAGCAGGCGACGCAAACAUACAAAACAGAGGUCGUCACUCAGCAGCCGCUUCCAGCGAUUCUUAAACCUCUGGAGAUUAUUACGGUGUACCAUCAUGGAUGGCGUGCCGGUGCCGCGUAUGAGGUCAUUAAAGCAUUUCUCCAGCUCCUCCGAGACGAUUUUGACGAAGCUAGACGGGAGGACAAAGUUUGUCGAACCGUCGUGGACUAGCACACCAGUUCUGGCCACCUGGUAGCAUGCGUCAUUGUAUAGGGUGUGAAACACAUCUCCGGGGUUGAACGCCAUGGGGCCGUUAGACUGAUCCCGCCAAACGCAGAAAGGAGGGCCGACUUACCGUGCAUGCCGGGAGGGUAGUGAUCCAGCAGGAGGCUCGAUGCGAUCAUUGGCACCGCGAAGUCCGUCAACUCUUCGGGCGAUUUGAUGUGCUUCAGGAAGUUGGACAGGUGCAUGUCUAGGUCGGGCGAGACAGAAUUUUGCAAACGCGACGCUUUGACGAAAUCGAACGGCUCCCUUGUGGUUCUGCCAAAGUGGUCACUCGCAUAUUUGAAGAAUGCGGCCAAAUGUCUCGCAGAGAAGAGCAUUCUUGCCUCUAGCUUGUGCCUUCGACCUUGAUCCAGUACCCGGACCAAGUAUUCCUCCAGCCGCCGGUAGCAGUGCCCUCCGUGGGGCACGGUUACCACUUCGAGAGCCGAUAACCUCUCUGCGGGAUUUUUGGUGGUCUCUUCUCUGAGCGCUCCCAGAAGGACCUCACUGGCCUCCUUGUCGCUUUCCGCUCCGGAGUCUGUGGCCUCCAUCACCACGACCACCCGUGGAUAUGUUGUCUUCGGUAGUGUCGACGGCUUGCCAUGCUCGAGCCACGAUGCGAGUCGACGUACCACGGGACCAAACCCGCCGACGUCGGUGGAAAAGAAGCAAAAGACAUCGGCAAAGGCGCCCAGGAGACGGGAAUAGAGAUGAUCAGCGGCAUCUUCUAAAGCCAGAUCUCGGACCCCUGCCCGGAUGCGAGGAAGCAUCAGCUGUCUUGUCUCGUGGCAUUGGGCCGAGGACCUUUUUUUUAAGUCCCGGUACGGAAGGUCGCCAUCUGCUAGAAGCACGGGGACGUCCCGGAACACAUCGCGAUUUCCCCGUUGGAGAUGUACUCCGCCGCCACGUUUCCGUCUGCCUGCCGACUUCGGCCUGUUCUCCUCUCCACCGAGGGAUCGAAGGGCUGACAAUUUGGCGGUAUGGCCGAUGAAAACCAACAGGCUGGGCUGCUGAAGGUCAGGGCUGGGAAAUUCGUCGAUAAGCGUUUGAAGCCGGUCCGAGAUGAACAAGAUGACUUCGUUUCGUUCGAUGCGGAGGUUGAGCCAAUCGCUGUGAUGACAGCGUGCCAUCAUGAAAGCCGAAAUGCUACUGUGAGUCCCAGUAUUGAGAUUGUGAGGUGCACAAGAGAAGAUACUUUUAACACAUCACGGCUAACCGUCGUCCUGUGAGGAGAGCUCAAUCCAGACCCUGGAACAGCGAGCGAGGAAAAGGAAACAGACAGAAGGAAGAGACUCGAACAGGCUCCAAACGCCGCCCUUCGAGAUCCAAUUUUGAACAAGCCAUGAAUCUGGUUUCCGUUUUGGGCUCCUCACAAGAUACCAUUAGGUUGACUGGCGUUCCCCGUCUAUUUCUUCUCGAUAUGCAAGCUGAAUCGACGCUCUUUUGGCGACUGCGCAGGUGAACAUAGUGCAGAGCGCUGAUCAUGGUCAUUGCUGGCAUUUCGAAGGGGCAAGACAGACAAGUACUCAGCAGGAUGCCUUCCAGAAACCAACCUCGUCAUACGAAUCGACGACCUGUCGAGCUUGAAGAUCCGAGAUCUACCCCCAAUCUGAAGAGAUACUCCGAGCUACCCACGUUCAGACACAGAUGUGCCCUCUGCCGCAAGCUUCGGUCUUCGGCUUACCAGAGAGAUCAUCCCAUCGCUCCGGGAGAACAACCGACCCCGGGGGUCUGUUCACGACCUGAAUGCAGCGCCCAGAAACGAGCUUGGUCUCUAUCGACGAAGCCUCCACCGGUGAUGGUCCUGGAAGUGCACUGUUACAUCUACGAGAACCCUUUCCCCGAUAACUCCACUGAGGCUCCUCUCACGGUCGAGCUCCCUGCGGCAGAGCAGGGCCGACGAAAGGAGCUACUUCGUGGUGAUGAUGAGAUGUCGGCCUGGACGCAAAAGAACCCCAACCUAUAUGAAGAUAAGCAACAAGCUCCAUGGGUCAGUCGUAUGACCAAACCAACUUUUGUACCUCGCUAAGCUGGGAGCUUUUGUAAUGGGUCAACAUCGCGUCCGUACCCACAUCAUCACGGAUCCCAGGCAUCAAUGAAUGAUUCCGUUGUGUUGUUCUAUCUGAAGAUGAUGGUCACUGAUGGAAUUGGCAAUGGAACCGCCGGCCGGUUUUGUUGGUGGAAUGUAUUGCAGGUUUUGCAACGGAUCAUGUUUGAUGAGAUUCAGAUAUUGUUCACAUCUAUACCAUACAAUUCUAGUCACACUAUCCUCAUAGGAACUAUCAAUGGGACGGCUAGGUCAUUCUGCGA